CGCCAUUUUGCUGACCAUCCUUCAUGAAAUCCCCAUUAUAACUGUGAAGUAACUAGAGAAAAAUAAUAAUAGACUAGUGAAAAUUGGUACAAUAUGCCCAACUGUGCCGCUUAUGGCUGCAGUGUAAGACCGGGAAGAGGGAAACGGAUGCACAAUUUCCCCCGUGACCCCAUAAGAAGGAAAUUAUGGGAGCAGAAAGUCAGAAGAAAAAACUGGAAGGCAAAUAACUACUCCAUAUUGUGCGAGGACCACUUCGAUGAAACCCAGUAUGAGAAUGGCAGAGUGGACGGCCUGAGGAGGCUCAAGCCGAAUGCUCUCCCAACGCACUUCGUCUUCACGACACCACAGCGCCACAGCAGACCCACCAAGCAAAGUAGGACAGAAGAUGAACCGUGUGUUGGUGGACAGCAACACAUACAACACACACAACGCAUACAACUCGACCAUGCCUAUUAUUCUACACCCUGUUCUGCAUCCCUUGAAGUUAAAACAGAAAUCGAAGUUGGCCAUGAAGAGUUUGAUCGGACGAACAACGCCUACACUGGUGGGACUGUGAGCGAGGAGAUGGUCAUCACCAAGACGAUCAGCGGGGAGACGGUCAUCAGCGGCGAGACGGUCAGCGGCGAGACGGUCAGCGAAGAGACAGCGGGCAGGGAGAAUGUCAGCGGGGAAACUGCAAGCGUGGAAGAACAACUGAACGGCUUGAAAAACAAAGUGUUAUCACUCCAGCGGGCUCUUGUGAAAGAAAGGAAAGAGAAGUGGAAGAUCAUCAGGCAGAGAAAACGACUCGAAGCAAAUGUUUCAGGAGUCUUCAACACAAAUCAGCUUUACAAACUUAGCCAAGCAAGUACACGGGGGACAAAAUGGUCAGCUGACUCAAUCAAAAAAGGUCUUCAAUUAAUGUUGGCAUGUGGUCCUACUGGAUACAACUUGCUUCUUGCCCAAAAUCAACCUCUGCCAUCAGCUAGAUCACUACAAAGAAGAUUGCACAUUGUUAGGGAAGAAGGUUGUUGAGAAAUUCACUUUAUGAUCAAAGAACGUCACCUUCAAGCAUGUAAAGAUGUUACAUGUCUUUUAGAAAGAUAAAGACCUGAAGCUUGCACCCAAACUUACAGAAACACACUUAGGUAAAAUGAAAGUUUGUAAUGCCCUAAACUUUAGUGAGUUCUGCACUGCACUACUAGGUCGAUUCUGAAGGAUUUGAUCCAGACCUCCUUAACAAAGCUUGGUUCUUGGAUUUUUUCAACAGAUGGUUGGAUCUCAUGUCAAGUAGACACCCUGGCAUGGCAUUGAGUCAGCUCAACCAGGAUUCACAUGUGGCUGCACUAUCACAUCUGCGCUCUGCCAUAUGGGUGAUGAAGAACAUGUCUAUUGUGGAAAAAGGCCACUGGAAACCGGUGCAGACAGGUGCGUCCUUUCAACAGUCUGAACUUCUCUCUAGAGGCCAUAUCUGUUCUUCCAGGACUGCCUGGAAAAUCUCUUUGGAUGGAAAAUUCAAGCAGACACUGAAGAUCACUACUGUUGCACAGUUUUGAGGAAGAUGACCGUGCUUUCCUUGCAGAGUUUCUUGAUCAGCCACCCUCAACGGGAAGGAACCCUGACAUUACUCUGCCUGUUGAUCUCAAGAUACAGACCUACCAUCUUCUUCAAGGCAUGGUAGAUGCAGAAAGGAGCAGCCUGCAUGAUGUUACAAAAGAGAACAAAAUUACAAAAAACAAAAUAACAAAAUUAAGUUAAUGUGCUCACAUGAACGGCCAUUGAC